UGCAUGGAGCACUUUCCCACUGUGGAAAUGGCGCUUUGAGCUUGAAGCCUGAAGUCAGAGGGAGCAUCUCGAGCUUGUGAAUCAGUAGCAGCGCACAGAGGGCUCUACGCAUGAGUUGUACUUUGAAAAGAAACGGAUUAUGACAGAGACGAGAGGAGGAAUCGGGCGACUCGUCAAGGAAAAACCAAACAUUCGUGGCUCUGAUAAAGCCGUCCACAUCAGACAGUGAACAAUGCAUGACCUGACUGCCCAAGUCACCAGCAGCCUGCUGCCGUUUCCAGGCGUGACUAUAGAUGCUCUGGGGGAGGAUGAGAUCACCCUAGACUCUGUACUACAUGGGAAGUUCACUGUUGGCCGCAGUGGGCUGGCCUGGCUGGCCUGUGGCCCCCAUCUGGAGGUUGUCCAUGCUGUGACAGGAGAACGGCUGUCUGCGUACUGCUUCAGUGGAGGAGGCGAGCACCCACCCAGUGUCCUAGCUGCCAGGGACUUCAGCUGGCUCAAAAGGUCUGGGUUGCUGGUUGGCUUGGAGGAAGCAGAGGGCAGCGUGCUGUGUCUCUAUGACUUGGGACUGUCACGGGUGGUCAAAGCUGUGGUUAUACCUGGCAGGAUUACAGCCAUUGAGCCAUUAGUGAGCUAUGGCGGAGCAAGCACUUCGACCCAGCAUCUUCACCAGAGCCUGCGCUGGUUCUUUGGCAUUGCUGCUGUAGUAACAGAUCUUGGUCAUGUUCUGCUUGUGGACCUCUGUCUCGACGACCUGUCCUGCAGCCAAAGUGAACUGGAGGCUUCAGACCUGCAGGUAGUGACCAAGUCUCCUGCAGAGAUCCCCAGGCUUAGAGAAGUCAGUACCAGGCAGGGCAGACAUCUUUGUCUCCAGCUGAAUGGGCCCAGUGGAGUUGGAGCCACAGCUCUGCAGUACAUCUCCAGGACCAACCAGCUGGCAGUGGGAUUUUCUGACGGAUACUUACAGCUGUGGAACAUGAAGGUUCUAAAGAAGGAAUACCACUCCCAGUUAGAGGGUGGCAGGGUGCCUGUCCAUGCUUUCACCUUCCAGGAGCCAGAAAACGACCCCAGGAAUUGUUGCUACCUCUGGGCUGUCCAGUCUUCUCAGGACCUCGAGGGAGAUAUGGUCAGCCUCCACCUGCUUCAGCUGGCCUUCAGUGAAAGGAAGUGUCUAGCAUCUGGGAAGAUCCUCUAUGAGGGUCUGGAGUACUGUGAGGAACGUUACAGUCAGGAGUUAAAUGGCACCGCUUUUCCUCUUAGGGCCCAGGCCACCAACAUUCGCCUACUGAGUUGCCAGACCAUCGAGAAGUUUAGACCCCAUCCUGACAGGGAUGACAGCAUGAAUGAAGUUGCAUCUCCAGACACCAGUGUGUCCAUCUUCAGCUGGCAAGUGAAAGCCUAUGGUCAGGGAACUCCAUCUACUUUCAUUGGGGUUUUUGACAUCAACCGUUGGUACCACGCACAAAUGCCAGACUCUUUAAGAACGGGGGAGUCUCUGCAGAAUUGUCCGUACCUGGCAGUUUGGUCUCUGGACCCAGUGGUGCAGAUGGUGUCUUCACACCCCCUCCUGGAUGUGGCGGUGCAUGACCGCAGCCUGAGCAGGGGCCUGCCCUUCACCUGCCCCCCACCGGAACAGUAUUUUAACCCCACCACCUAUAACUUUGAUGCUACCUGCUUGCUCAACUCUGGAAUUGUGCACUUAACAUGCUCUGGGUAUCAGAAAGAGACCCUGAGCUUUUUGAAGAAAGCUGCUCCUUGUUCCAGUGACAUCAUCUCCACCAGCUACUCCCGCUGCCUCAUGUCCGGUCUACUCUCAUCUCGCCUGGCUGACACCCAAGCCUCCAGCCUCUCUCAGGAGGAGCAACUGGAUGCCAUCUUGUCCACAGCAGUGGAGACCAGCUCCUUGGGACUGAUCACAGGCUGCAUCAAGCAGUGGACUGCAGAAGAACAACCAGGUUCUGCACUGAAUCUGCGCUACAUCCUGGAUUGGGCCUGGAACAAAGUAGUCCAGACCAAGGAGGAACUGGAUGGCAUCUGUGCUCCGCUGUUUGACAGCUCAUCCAACUUCACAGAUCCUCAGACCAUGCAGCUGCUACAGCAUAGCCAGAGGCUGCUCGGUAACCUCAGUACCAUCUUUCACUGUCUGCUCAGUGAAGCUCAGGAGCUCACACAAAAAGGCCUGGUGGGUCUGAUGAACAAGAACAUGGUGUCCAGUCUGAUUUCCAAGUACGCUCAGGUGGUGCUCUGGUUCUGUCGUACCGGUCUGCUGCCUGAAGGAUCAGACAAUGACGCUCUCCAGAUCUCCAGGCCAUUCUACACUCACUCAGUCAUCAGCAACUAUUAUACAAUACGCAGAGAGGAGCUCACCAGGCUGGCUAAGGGCAAGUGGUGUGCAGACUGCCUGAUGAUUGACGGUUUGGUCAGGCAGUGUGGUGAACGCUUGACCAACCUGUGGAAAAGGGACGACGGUGGGACAGGGCAAUACCCACCACCUACAUUGCAUGCCUUGUUGGACAUUUAUCUGCUGGACAAUAUUGAUGAAGCUGCCAAACAUGCAAUUGUGAUUUACCUGUUGCUGGAUGUCAUGUACUCCUUCCCCAAUAAGGAGGGAGCAUCAGUGGAGUCUUUCCCCACAGCUUUUGCCAUCCCAAUUGGACUUGUGAAACUAGUACAAGGCCUCUGGCUACUGGACCAUCAUGACCACCAGAGUUCAUUUGAGCUGCUCCUGCAUCCAGCUGCCUCUCAGUGUCAGUUUGAGUGGCAGCAUGAGCGUGUCCUGCAAGCACUGAUGUGCCAGGGCCAACACUCAGUGGCACUACGAUACUUCCACGUUACGAAGCCACCAAUUUCCUCCACCUCCCAGGCCAAACUCUGCCUGUCUGUACUGCUACACAAUAGGUGUCUCAUAGAGGCGUGGUCCUUAGUUCGGCAGCACUCUAAUCGCCUCAACAUGGGUGAGCUGCUGGGCUUCCUCUAUGAGAGCUGCCAGGAGCUGGGCCUCAUCAAGGAGCUGCUCAAAUUGCCCCUGGGCCUCACUGAGCAGGAAUGUUUGGAGAAGUUCCUCCAGGGUACAGGGGGUCUCCAAAACAGAGAACUGCUGAUGGUUCAUUACCUUCAGCAGGCCAACUACAUUCCUGCCCUGCAGCUCAACCACAGCCUCAAAAUGAACCUGGUGAAUGAGCGAGACCCAAAACUUAAAGAACGAUCCAACACCAGGAACUCUAUAUUGGAUCAGUAUGGCAAGGUUUUGCCCAGAGUCCAGAGAAAGCUGGCGAUGGAAAAAGCCAAGCCCUACCAGCAUCCCUAUGCCAUCCACAGAGAAGUUUCUCGGCCGCAGCCACUGUCAACCAUCACCAAACGCUCUACCAAUGAGAAGGUGAUGUCGAGGGCCGGCUUCAUAAACAAUGUUCUGACCAAGAUUGAGGAGGUUUGGUUAGGCAAAGGAGCUUCACCACAGUCCACCCCAGUCAAGAGCCCCAGGGUAGCUGAUGUUCAGAGCCCCAAGCCCUCUUUAGCCCUUCCUGACCCCUUCUUGGGAACUCCUAUCACCAUGACCUCCAAACGAAAGUCAAGGCUGAUGGACUUCGUCGUUCACCCCUCCUGUCAGACUCCUCGAACUCUCCUCAGCCCUCCCAGACCUCCCAGCUCCUGGGUUUCUCCAAAGAGCACCAGCAAGGCCCCUGAACUCAGUCUGCUGCAAACACCGCAAGUUGUCAAGCGAGCUCGGGCUUUGGCUGCUUCUGGCCCUGUGUUCUCAGCCUUCACUCCUCAGUCCAUCCUGCGCAGCAGCCUGAGGCCCACUCCGGUCGCCACCCCUUCUGCUUCUCCAGGACGAUCCAUCACCCCCCCACUCCGCAGCAAAGAAAGUCGAAUCACUUUCAUUGAAGAGGCAGAAUCUCCAGAACCAGAGAAGGGCAUCCGAUGGACCAAUGGGAUGGCAGCAGAAAGUGAGAUUAGCCUGCUGGCCAGAGGCUCCACACUAUCCAAGGCUACACGUGAGACCUGGUCAUUGCAGCCUGCUGAGGAAGAAGAGGAGGGAGAUGAGGAAGGGGAACAAUCUCAUGUAAAAUUCAUGCCUCCAGAAGGUGGUGUACCCUCGCCACAACUGAGAUGCUUUGAGAGCGAGUCAUCCUCCAUCUACAAAGAUGCUGCAGACAGCAGACCAUCAGAUGCAACGCACGCACAACUUAGCCUGAGCUUCGAUUCCAGCCAGACGCCUGUUCGUUCAACAGACACCACUCUAGAGUACUACGAUGCACCUCUUUCAGAAGAGCAGGAAGAAGAGCAUACAGAUCCAGAGAAAAAAGAUGAGGUAGUGACGAUGAACAUCAGAGGCCUAACUGAAAAAGGGGAACCAGAAGAAAAACCCUCACCCAUCAUUGAGCAGACUCCUCUCCUGACAUCAGAGGAUCUAGAAAGGGAAGAAGAGGAGGCGAAAGACGACGAAAUAUUUGAGGACGUGAUGGAGAUUGGUCUUGAACAGGAGGAUAAAACCGAGGAAGAGGUUCAGUCAGAACAGGAGGAUAAAACCGAGGAAGAGGUUCAGUCAGAACAGGAGGAUAAAACCGAAGAAGAGGUUCAGUCAGAACAGGAGGAUAAAACCGAAGAAGAGGUUCAGUCAGAACAGGAGGAUAAAACAGAGGAAGAGGUUCAGUCAGAACAGGAGGAUAAAACAGAGGAAGAGGUUCAGUCAGAACAGGAGGAUAAAACAGAGGAAGAGGUUCAGUCAGAACAGGAGGAUAAAACAGAGGAAGAGGUUCAGUCAGAACAGGAGGAUAAAACAGAGGAAGAGGUUCAGUCUGAAAAGGAGGAAAAACAGGAUGCUGAGUCAAGCACCAAACAAGAAGAUGCUGCAACUCUUGACCAAGAGGAGACCUUUAGUCACAAUCAAGUUUGUGACCAGGUAACUGAGAGGGCCAACUCUGGCAUUGAGGUCGAAUCUCAGGAUCAACCUGUGAAGGCUACGGGACAGGACAUCCAGUCAGAGGCCACUGAAUCCACUGAGUUCAUUGAGUGUCUGAAACCAUCUGGAGCCACUGAACCCACGUAUGAACCAGAAGAGGAGCUGGAGCAAUCAGCAGAUCUGACAGAGUUUGUGCAGAGACAUCUGUUUGGCGGUGAUCUGUCUCCUCCGCUUACCCGCUCAGGAAUCCACAACGCAUCACAGACCCAGACAUUCUUCAACAGUGAGUCAUUAGGUGAGGUUGAAGAGGAGGAGCCGGCAGCUGUUGAACCUCCCCCCGUGUUCACCAGCCAGAAAUCUAUUGCCUCUGUGACGUCCUCCGAGCCAACUGGCACAGACUCCCACUCUGUUGUGAGUUUAAACGAUAGUGAAGAGCUUUCUAGCCCUAUGUCUGAAGAGGAAGAAGAAGAUGAGGAGGAGUCUGAUCAAGCAGAGGAGGAGGAGGAGGACUCUGGUAGCGAGGUUGAAAUCAUUGAGGAGGUCCAGGGUAAUGGGAGGCUGCCACCCCUCCAACCCAGUUCAGUCUUUGUGCAACACACACACUUCCUGUCAAGUCUGUCAGAGCAGGAGGCACCAGAGUUCCCGCUUAUCACGCCCGGUGCAGAGAUGAAGAUGGUAGAGGAGGACAUGGAGGGUGAGGUGGUCAUGGUGAGACUGGGUGCAGAUGAAGGAGGGAUGGAGGCAGAUGAGGUUGAAGAGCAAGGAUCAUCAUACAUGGAGCUCAAGCCAUCGACCACUCUCCUGGUACCCCUGGAGCUCAUGGAGGGACAGGCCGGCCUGAUGGCCAGUUCUCAGCUGGGUCUUCCUGAGCUUCCGCAAGCCGUUGUGCCAGAUGACCCAAGGUCUGAAACUCACAGUGGCUUCUCUCUGAUGCUCGAUAUGGAAGAAGACGGGGAUAAAGAUGCAGACACACAACCUAUGGAGAAUGAUCUGCAAUUCUCCGACCCUCCCACCCUUUCUCCAGCAGUGGAGGCUAGUGAUGAACUUGUGACCAAACCUGAGGUUAUUCUUUUGGGCACAGAUGAUCAGGAUCCUCUCCUGUCUGAAGGAGCCUCCGAAGAGGACCAGCAGAAAGAGUUGGACAUCUUGGAUGGAGCUGAAGUAGAUGGACUGACAGAGACAGAACUUGUAAAUCUCGAUGACCAAGCUGUCCUACAAACCGAAAACACUGAUGAAAACCAUGAAACAGAGGAUGCUAAAGAACAGAUGGAUACAGAGUUAGUCAUGCUGGCUGAAGACCAGGAACCUGUUGGUGUUUCGGUCUGUGAGCCAACUCCAGUGGAAGAACUUCCAGCAGUUGUGGAUGACAAAGACUCUGUGGCAGAGAAAGAUGCAGCUGAAGAGAAGAUGAUGGAGAAGGAGGAGAUUGAGGAGGAGGGGGAGAAGGAGGAGAUUGAGGAGGAGGGGGAGAAGGAGGAGGAGGAGGAGGUCAAACCAACACCUGCUGAGGACCAGGAAGAGCCUGAAAAAAAUGGGCUUGUUAAUAUGGACACAGAGAUUGCCCCCAGUGUUGAGACAGCGACUGUUGUGGAGGAGAAGCAGCCGGACCCCAUAAUCCCAGCAGAGACGGAAGAGGAUAACGGGGAAGAAAUUAAGACAGAGAAAGAAACAAAAAAGAGGGGAAGGCCGAGAAAACACAAAGAAGUUGAAGAAGAGAAACCUGUGUCAAAUAGCCAGCCGGAGGAGCAGCCUGUGCCAGAGACUCCCACUUCCCAGAGGAAAAAGAAAGCUCCUUCCACCCCAACACGGAGAACCACAAGAGCGAGGGCAGUUACCUUUAUCUCUCCGCUGCAGGAGGAAGCAGAGGAGGAUGGGAAAGUGGAGGAGGCAGAAACAAGCACUCUGGCCCCUGCCUCACCUAGUCGUACACCUAGAAAAGGUAAACAGAACAAAGAGAUCAAAGUCCGAGCUAGCACACCUCGAAGAACUACUCGCAAAACUCAGCCUGUUGAAGAGGAGGAGGCCAUGGAUAAUGACACCACGGUUGCAUCAACCUCCAAGGCUUCUUCUCCAGGUAGACGACGGGCUUCCCAGAAGGCACCUUCAACUAAGGCCAGCCAAAGUGGCAGUGAGGAGGUGUCUGCAGCCACAGAGGGUGAGGAUGAGGCCACAGAUACAAAGGCUUCAGAACGAACAAGCUCCAAGACUCCCACACCGGCUAAACGCAGGACCGCUCAGGCAAGCACUCCGAGGAGGUCCAGCCGGAGGAUACUGAGUAGCAGUGAGGUGGUGCCAUUGCCAUUAGAGAUCCUGAAAGAAGAGAAGGAACAGGAGGAAGUGUUUGCAUCCCCUGCCAAACGCAACUCCAGGAAAUCUAAGACCGAAUCGUCAGAGACCCAGCCGGCCCUGAUGGAGGAGGAAGAGAGCAAAAAACGAGUUUCCAGCCCCAGUAGGUCGACUCGGCAGUCCAACCGGAUCACCCUGAAUGUUUAUCCACAAGUGAAACUGGUUCCUGUAUCACUUCCUCAGAGUGUAAGGAAGAAGAGAGCAGAGUUGAUUACUGAAAAUAUAAAUGAAAGUGAAGCUCUGCUUGAGCCUGAACUGAACAGCAACACCGGUCGCACCAACUCCCUUCGACCAACCAGAAGCAAACUCUGGGAUCACCCUGAGGAAGACCUUCCCUUACUGGACUCACCGUUGGAGGUGGAUUCUGAAACCCCUGUCGCAGACGCCCUCAUUAAGAGACUUCAGGAUGAGGAAGAGAAGCAGGAAGGAGGCGUCGUUGUUAGAAAGAUGGUAAGAACCAGCAAGAGAGCUACAAAGUCGUCAGUGGAGCAGGAUCACUCGCUACAAGACAGCCUGUUCCCCGAACCCGAGGAGGACGAGUCUAGUCCAGGCGAGCAUUCAUUCAUCUACUCCCCCUCGCGAAGAAGAACAAGAGCUAAUAGAGCAGAGUCUCCAGGGCCGAGUGAAGAGUCCGCGGCGCCCGUCACUCGCAGCAGGAGAAGAGUUGUCAAAGACACCUCUGUUGCUCCUCCUGAUGAAAUUGCUUCAGAAGACGAUCCUUUAGAAGUCGAGAAAGCAGUGGGUGUUUCUAAGACCAGAAAAACAGGCAAACGAACAACCAAAUCCAAAGCCGUUCCGGAGCCGCCUCCCGUAGCAGAGGUGGACCUGCUCUCGCCUCUGCCCAGCCCAGCUGAUCCACUCCCACGGGCGCUGAAGAGAAUUAAGGAGGGAGAGGCCCCAACCUCAAGCAUGAACCUUCGACGCAAGCGCAUAAUGGACACCGUUUUCACAAAACCUGUCACACGGAGGAAGAAACUCUAAGGAGGUUGGUGGUGGUUCUAACCAGUGAACCUCAGACAGCCACCAGGUCUUAACCAACUCGGUCAGGAGCUGUCAAAUAAAAGUGUAUGCCUAAACUCACGAUGGUUCUAUUUCCUCAAAUGCCUCGCAGUGCUGCGGUUUGUACAUUGACUUCUCUGUAGGACAAUAAAAUAAAAGCAAUGUAGGCAUAAAAAUAUAUUUUUGGGACAAAACACACUGAUAGCAGUGUGAGAGAGGACUAUAUUUUUAGAGUUUACACGUCACGCUUGUACUAACUCGAUUUCACUUGGUAUUGUAUCUGUGGCCAUUUUGUUUUGGACAUUGUGCGACGCUCCUUAUAAUCGGCUUAUUUCUCUGGGCGCAGAAUGGCACAAAGGAAAGCAAUCGAUUUGGGCUUUUAGAAGCUCCCAUUAAUAAAAACCAGAGACUGAACUGAACCUGCCUUUGAUGAAGAGGUUUUAUUUACAUUCUUUUUUUUAAUUUUAAGGUUGUUUUUGUUUUGUUUUUUGUUCUUGUUUACUUUUAAGAUUUCGAGGCCUGCUGUUUUUCUAUUUAAGAAGAAAAGCAACCAACCCAGUGGAGAUACAAGAUUUCUACUGAUACAUUUGUAUAUAGUUUUUUGCUAUGUUCCAAAUAAAAUUAAUAAAUAAAUCAUAAAGAAUUAUGUUCAUUUUGAAGUUUUAAGUGUCUGGAAUGCAUAUGAUCAUCUAAUCAGACUGCCUAUGCCAUAGUCUUAAAAUAUCAGUCGAUUUGAAGGGUUUUUUGUUAAAGAGGCAGACUAUUGCCAUCAUAUUUGGACUGUUUUUUGUAUGUCAUGGGGAUGUUGUAUAGUGUGAAAGAAACAAAAAAAAGUCUUGCACAGCAGUUUGGAGUUAAUUGUUUUUGGGAAAUGUUUAUAGGCUUGUUUAAUUAAAUUAAUGGCAACCACCACCUGACACAUAGGCUAUUUUCUGAUGAAUGUAUGUAGAAUGUCUUAUUUUUGAUGACUGCUCUUUGAUAAAUAUGGUAAAGCUUGAAUAUUUCUCUA